AUGCGAAACAUUAUCUCUAAAAAAUAUUUGUUAAUUGCAUUACGGGAAAGGUUGAGAUGGUCCGGUAUUUUUUUGGAAGAACAAGUACCGGUUAAAGACUGGUUUGAUAGUCGUUUGAAUACUAAUAUGAAAUUGUUUGAAAGGGCUUAUUCAGAAGCAACGCCUGUUGCUUGA